CGGGAGCUGCUGUCGUCGUUUGUUGAGGUGCCACAUCGGUCCAGCCUCUAAUAUCUAUUUCCUAAUAUUGAUUCAAAACUUUGCACAUAACUUAAUUUUUUGCAUUCUAACACAUCAUACGCGUAUUUUAACAAAGUUCCUGACCUAAUUUUAACUUUUGCCGCUGUACAGACUUUUUUAAGUUUGUAAUUCCGGCUUUUACGUUAGAUUUUUUACUUCAUCGUUUAUACCAAGAAUCAUGAGGUCAGUGACGCUGAUCGCGUUGCUGGUGGUGCUGACGGUUGUAGGGCAGGCAGCGGGCCAGCAGCCCGCCCCCAACAACGAUCAGGACACGCGGCUCGGUCUAAUCGCCAACCAGAUCGGCGUUCCUCCCGUGCCAGGUGGUAUCCCGGUGGUGGGCAUUGGUAGCCAGUUCCCAGGCGGGUUCCCAGGGCGCGACACAGGCUGCUGGUGUCAACCCGUCAACCAAGUCUGUACGAACCUCCGACCUGAGAACCUCGACCUCGUCACCAGGAUCAUUAAUAGGCCUGGGUCUCCGGGAUCGCGUUUACCGGGAGGGGGAGGCGCGAACGGCUGUAACGAAGAUCAGCGGGUUUGCUGCCCCAACAACGGAGGAUUUCCGGGGGGAAAUCCCGACUUCCCCGGACAAGGAGGCUUCCCUGGUCAGAGUGGAGCGCUCUCUGCCUUCUGCGGCUCACGGCAGAGCUUCGGACUGCCGGCUGCAAUUUCACCCACGGCGGAUUUCGGCGAGUACCCGUGGAUGGCUGUGGUGUUGGGGCCCGGACAGUCCUACGUCUCGGGAGGCGUGCUCAUCGACAACGGCUGGGUGCUCACAACAGCGCAUAAACUCGCGCAAACUCAGGGACUGGAAGUUCGCCUCGGGGACUACGACGUAAGCCAAGCCAACGACAUCCCUCAGUUCCCACCGUUCGCGUCGCCAGUCGCUAACGUCAUCGUGCACCCGAACUACAACCCCCAGACGCUGGCCAACGACGUGGCGCUGCUGCGUCUGGCGCAGCCCGUCAACCGGCAGCAGUACAGGCACAUCACCCCCGCUUGUCUGCCCAGCCCUGGACAGUCCUUCGCUGGACAGAGAUGUUUCGUGACGGGCUGGGGUAAGGACGCCUUCGGACCCGGCAGUUUCCAGCAGCUGCUGCAGGAGGUCGAUGUGCCCGUGCUGGACUCCUCCAGGUGCGAGAGCCUCCUGAAGAACACCAGGCUCGGCCCCAGCUUCAGACUAGACAAGCGCUCCUUCGUGUGCGCCGGCGGCGAGCGCGAUAAAGACUCUUGUCAGGGCGACGGAGGCUCCCCGAUGGUGUGCGGUCAAGGCAACGGCGGCUGGACGGUGGCCGGCCUCGUUGCCUGGGGCGUCGGCUGCGGCCAGGAGAACGUGCCGGGCGUCUACGUCAACGUCGCCAGCUACGCCAACUUCAUACGUCAAAACGUCAACUGAAGCCUCGCCACGACCAAGCUGUAGCAAGAGCAUGACGCCGGCUCCUCGGGACUCUUAACAACUCGUUUCUUUCUCCAAUAUUACAAAAGUAAAUAAUUGAACGGCUACCGAGAUAAAGAUAUAAUCAGAUAAAGAUAUAAUCAGAUAAAGAUAUAAUAAUCAGAGAUAUAUAAAGAUAUAAUCCGAGAUAUAAACGUGUAUAGGUUGUGGGCUCAAACGAAAGAAUCGGAAAAUUUGGCCAAGUUUGACCAUUUCUAGGGAGUCAUAUUGAUUACUUUUCAUAGGACGGCGAUUAUUUUUAGGCGGUAAAUCACUCAAUUUCAAUUAUUUAUCAUCUCUCACGAACAUAAAUGUUAGUCUCUAAUGUACACGUAUGACAAGAGUGUUAACUGUCCGUACUAAGGAACCUUCGAGAUUAACACGAUGAAAUAGGGUAUCUUUACAGGUCGUAAUAAAAAUAAACUUGCGAUA